UUAAUAUACAUGGACAUUAAAUUAGAAACGUUUUUACUGUAUUACAAUACAGAGUUAUUGUUUAAUGGUAUAAUUUCAUUGUUAUUUCAAGGCGACCAUAUGGAUGGGAUCAUAUCAAUGGUUUCUUUAACUGAAGAUACUUUAAAUGCUAAAAGCAUCACAGUCUCUUAUAAGAUGUUUGGAUUGUUACUUAUUUUGAUGUUUAUACGUAUAUCCGUGUACGUUUAUUUUAGUCUGAAUAAAUCCAUUAUGGCCUAUUUUCUUUGCUUCGUGUUAUUGUUCUCCCUAUUUUUGAACUACUUGUCCAAGAUCUUGUUCUUUGACGUUCUUUUUCAUCGUAUGAGGCUCCUUAGAAAGGCUUUCAAAAACAAAUACCUCGGAGUUAAUGUUAUUGGCAAAGAGAGGAUUAAGCACAGAAUCGAAAAUAUCAAGACAUGCUUAUCUGUCUAUGACUAUCUGCUGCAACAAGUUGAAAAUAUGGAUCUUGAGCUGGAAAUUUGGUUAUUCGGCACUGUUCUGCUGUAUUUUCCGAAGGCAGUACUUUUCAUGCGCAACGCUAUGAUGCUUAUUUUAAAUAAGGAACUGUUUAGUUUCAAAACUCUGUGGACUGUACUGACACUGCUCUACACUAUUUGUCUGGGAACUUGGCCAAUGGUUUUGUUCGAGCUGACCAAGAACGAGGUGGAUAUCAUAAAAGACAUUUUAUUCAAGCAAUCUCUUUUGGACACAGAUGAAACGCUUCACCUGGAAAUCCAACGCGCUCUUCAGCACAUCAACCUCCGUCCAUGCCAGUACCAGGUGUGCCGCAUGAUGCCAUUGGGCGUCAGUCUGCCACUCAGUUUCGUCAGCCUCUGCAUCACUUACGUCAUAGUGCUUGUACAGUUAACACCCGUGAAAUAAGCCUUUACCUCAAUAACUCUUCUCUCAGUUGCUAAACGGUUUUUUGAAAUUAAAACU